GUUUGCUUGGUGAAAAAACCUCUUGACUUAUGAACUUCCCUUCGUUUGAGUCUCCUGCGGCCGUGGGACUCGCUACAGAAUUCAACGUGUCCGCUUCAUGAAGAAUCGACGGCUGAGAUCGAUUGGCGGAGCCACCAUCUCUCCCAGUAUAAAACUAGAUCGCGGCCUUUUCCCUCGGUAUUCAGUGGAAUCAGAUCCCGUAUUUCGUAGAGGACGACGAUGCUGCUCCGUAGCUCAUCGACGCCGGUUCUCAACUCAUGGCAUCCUCACUUCAAGGAUUCGUCCCCCGAACCGGAAAUAGUUCAUCAGAUUCCGAGAAAUCGCUCGAUUACAUUGUCGGCCUCGUCGAGCUCCUUAUCUUGGAUGGACGAUUCCGCGAAUAAAAUGACGCGGGCGCUGUCCGAGACAGAUCUGCGGGACCUGUCUGUGCCCAAGAAGAAACCGUUCACCCAGCUCUUUGGUGGGCUCCCGGUUGAAGACGAGGAGGAGAGCAAGGUGGAGAAAGGGUUUAGGGCAUAUUCCAGAACGGCGUCGUUUGGUCGUGGACUGUUUUCGUUUUCUGAGUUGGACGAGGAGUGUGGGGUUGGUCCCAUGGAUGAUGACACGAUGAGUGUUUUAGUUGGAGGCGAGAUUGGUGGUGGUGAUGGAAGGACUGGUCGUGGACGCGGAGGCGGUGGAUCGGACGACACAGAAGAUGGGCGUUCGGGGUUCUGGGAUUCGAAUCAUGGCAACGAUAGCGUUGACAUGUAUUACCAGACAAUGAUCGAAGCAAAUCCAGGGAAUCCGCUUCUUCUUAGCAACUACGCAAAGUACUUGAAAGAGGUUCGUGCAGACUAUGUUAAAGCAGAAGAGUAUUGUAGCAGAGCAAUUUUGGCAAACCCAGGUGAUGCAAACGUACUAUCCAUGUAUGCAGAGUUGAUUUGGGAAGGUCAAAAGGAUGCUUCAAGAGCUGAAACUUAUUAUGAUCAAGCAGUCAAAGCUGCUCCAGAUGACUGUUAUGUUCUAGCAUCCUACGCUCAUUUCCUUUGGGAUGCAGAAGAAGAGGAUGAAGUAGUGGUAGAAGGUGGUUCUGAAAAAACUCCUGUUUUCUCCAUAGAGCUCCCUUGGCUGCUGCUUCUUAAGUUGCAUGUCUUUGUAGUUAAUACCAUACGACUACCUCACUUUGUCUAUAUUACCUUAACCCUGUAAUUUUUGGCCGACCAAAUAAGAUGUAACGGUUUUUCGUUCAGUUCAGUAUAUGGUUGCACGAAAGGUCGAUUUUCGAUUAAUAAUGAAAAAAGUGGCAGGCCUUCUCUUUA